UUUGUCCCCUUUUAUUUCCUCUCUUGGAUUUAUUCCUGUCCUAACCCGAGCCGCAGGAAAUGCUGUCCUGGAGGGCUAAAGAUGGAGGUUCCAGUUCCAACUACACAAAAAAUGAGGUCACAACUCCCCAGUUAUCUUCCUCUACCCAGUCCGUGCACUUGUCCUGCUGGCUCAGUGCUCCUGAAAGAUCAGAUCCCUGAGGAACAGUAUGAGGAGCUGGCCCAACGCCGAGCUAAGGAGUUCCAGCAAUACAAGGCCAGGACAACCUCUGUACUAUCCAAACUACUAUUUGCUGCACCUAACUCUCCUCUACAGUAUCCUAUCCAGGGUUUUACAGUACAACCUUUGACUACCACUCACAUACCAGGUUUAGCGUUGUACGCAGAACGAAGGAGCAGCUACAAGGUAUCUUUAAAUGUGUCCAAAGGCAUCCUGUCCACAGAGAUCCCAGCUGAAGGGGUAACAGUCCAAGGUGACGGCCAGACGAGCUUGAUUAUGGAGUCCAGCAGCCUGUUGACACUCAAUGACCUCCUGGCUAAAGUGUCCUAUACCAGCACUGUCUACCAUAUACACACUGGAGACCUUGCAUCCUUCAAGUUUGAAAACCAUGAAGCCGUGUUUCCCAUCACCAUCAAACAGCCUCAUGUACCAGUCCUGUAUGACAUGGGAAAAGACAUCAGCUCUCAUGUCACCAUCAUCACAAAAACAUUCCUGCGGUACACAGAGCUGAAGGUGUUGUUGAACAGUAUCCGGCAAUUCUAUAGCAAUAUAGAAGUCAUCAUUGCAGAUGACAGCUUUGAACCAGAGCACAUUACUGGAGAACACAUCCGACACUACAUCAUGCCUCCAGCACAGGGCUGGUUUGCUGGCAGGAAUCUAGCUGUUUCCCAGGUAACCACCAAGUACUUCCUCUGGGUGGACGAUGACUUUGUGUUUACGGAGAACACAAAGAUAGAGAAGAUGGUGGAGGUGAUGGAGGCGGUCCCAGAACUGGAUGUGGUGGGAGGAUCAGUACAAGGGAACCAGUUUUACUUCUCUAUUCUCUACGAACAAGGAGAGGAAAUGGAGGGUGGGUGUCUGUACAGAAAAUCUAAAGGAAAAUUCCAUUCACUUCCUGGCUACCCAGAGUGCUAUCUGGCCAGUGGGGUGGUCAAUUUCUUCCUGGCUCGUACAGAUGCUGUACAGAGAGUGGGCUUUGAUCCUAAGCUCCAGCGGGUAGCACACUCAGAGUUCUUCAUGGAUGGGCUGGGCUCCUUGAUGGUGGCCACGUGUGGUCAGGUGUCCAUUGGCCAUCAGCCCAAAACAGGCAAAAACCCAGAUGCAGCUCGCUACGCCAAAUUCAGAGCCUCCUCACGGAGCGACAACACAUUCAAACUGCUGCUUCACUUCUUCAAAAACCACCUGAAGUGUAUCCGAUAUGGAUAGAAGAUGACAAUCAGGUCAUCAGCUAUAGUUUAGACUUCUCUAAAUGAUGUCUUCAUUUAAUGAUGGGGGGUAGGGGGUAGGGGGUAACACUGAGUUGUAAGCAUAAAUGUCAAAAUUUCAUGGCUAUGUCAAUUCAUUCCAGUGGAAUUCCUGUGGUUAUUGAGGAAGAGGAGUUGCAGGUACAGAUGCAUCUUUUGAAUAAACUGUGUGACCUUAUCAUCUUGUUAGAUACUUCACUGAGCUGAGCUUAGACAAUUUUAUUUUCCCUUUUACUAUUUUUUAUUGAAUAAAUUGUGUAAAAUGGUUCAAAAAAAAGAGAGAGAAAGUUUAAGGGGAGCAAACAGAACAGAGAUGAAAUCUAUGACUGACUUGCAAGAGAUUAAUUAUGGGUUUACUAAUGGGUUACUAAUUCCUGGUUCGUUCACCAGCUACAGCACUUCACUCACUAGCUCUGAUAGUAUAUUCUCUAUGUCACAAAACUUCUAGCACCACAUACUUUGCAAAGAAGAAGAUUAUUUCUGCCAUACCACUUUCUGGUGUGACCAGGCCUUUAGUAUGGCUGCUGUAUAACAGGACCACCAACACCACUGAUGGAUUCAUUAACUGCUUCCACAGAUUAAGAUCCUUUGCUAAUAAGAAAUGUUUCUGUUUCAGAUAAAAACAGAGGAGUCAUAUGUCAUCUCUCAUGUGGUUGAACCAUAAACUGUGUUUAUGACAAACUUGUUGUCAUAAAGUUACCUCUGCACUGGCUAGCACACAUUAUAUUUUUUAGGCAAUAUUUGUGGUAUGGUCUAGGUAUACCAGUGUCAGUCCAUCAAUAAAAUAUCUGUAUUAUCGCAA